GGCAGGACAUGGCGUCGAACUCCACCACCAAAUUUUUUGCACUCUCUCAGUCCUUUAGCGUAUCUGAUAUCAUCGUGAUCGGAGCGUAUUUCUUAUUGAACGUCGCAGUUGGGAUAUGGUCAUCUUGCAGAGUGAGCAGAAACACACUCAGUGGAUAUUUCCUGGCUGGUAGGGACAUGGCUUGGUGGCCGAUUGGAGCAUCUCUAUUUGCCAGCAGUGAGGGUUCUGGAUUAUUCAUCGGUCUGGCUGGUACGGGGGCCGCCGGGGGAAUCGCUGUGGCUGGUUUUGAAUGGAAUGCAACUUAUGUCCUGUUGGCUCUUGCAUGGAUCUUUGUCCCAGUUUAUGUCUCUUCUGGGAUUGUCACAAUGCCAGAAUAUUUGGGUCGGAGGUUCGGAGGAGAGAGAAUUCGCACGUACUUGUCAGUUCUUAGUUUGUUGCUGUCUGUGUUCACCAAGAUCUCAACAGACCUGUAUUCUGGAGCUCUGUUUGUCCAGGUUUGUUUGGGCUGGAACCUUUACCUCUCCACUGUGCUCAUGUUAGUGGUAACUGCUCUCUACACCAUUGCAGGUGGCUUGGCUGCUGUUAUCUACACUGAUACUCUUCAGACGUUUGUCAUGAUCAUUGGAGCAGUCAUCCUUACCAUCACAGCUUUCAAUAAGAUUGGAGGCUACAGCAACCUGGAGAGUGCGUAUCUGAAAGCUGUGCCAUCGAAGAUCAUCCCGAACACGACAUGUCACCUGCCCAGGGCUGAUGCCAUGCACCUGUUCAGAGACCCGGUUCAUGGAGACUUACCCUGGCCAGGCAUGACACUGGGCUUAACCAUUCUGGCAACAUGGUACUGGUGCACUGAUCAGGUAAUCGUGCAGAGGUCUCUGUCAGCCAAGAAUCUUAGUCACGCCAAAGGAGCGUCCAUCUUUGCCAGCUAUCUCAAGAUGCUCCCCAUGAUCUUCAUAAUCCUACCUGGCAUGAUCAGCAGGGCUCUCUACCCAGACAUAGUGGCCUGUGUUGACCCUGAGGAGUGUCUAAAGGUGUGUGGUGCAGAGGUGGGAUGUUCCAACAUCGCAUUCCCAAAACUGGUCAUCGAACUCAUGCCAAGCGGUCUCCGGGGGUUAAUGAUAGCUGUCAUGAUGGCCGCCCUGAUGUCAUCGCUGACCUCCAUUUUCAACAGCAGCAGCACCCUUUUCACCAUGGACAUUUGGAAGAAAUAUCGUAGAGGUGCCAGCGAGAAGGAACUGCUGCUGGUUGGCAGAAUAGUGACUGUUAUUCUGGUGGUGAUAAGCGUGGUUUGGAUCCCGAUUCUUCAGAGCGCCAACAGCGGUCAGCUUUACGUCUACAUCCAGUCAGUGACCAGCUACCUGGCCCCUCCUGUGACGGCCAUAUUUGUAAUGGCUAUUUUCUGGAAACGAACCAAUGAAGCGGGAGCAUUCUGGGGCCUGAUGGUGGGUUUAACGGUGGGAUUGACACGGAUGGUCCUAGAAUUUGCAUUCCCUCCUCCUCGCUGCGGUGUGUUCGAUCCUGCACCUGCUGUUCUGAGGAGGGUACAUUACCUGCACUUCGCCAUCAUUCUCUGCGCUCUUACUGCUUUUGUGGUUGCGGUGAUUAGUUUACUUACACCACCACCCACUGAGGAACAGAUACAUAAUCUGACCUGGUGGACUUUGAGCAACACCAGUGAAAGAGAAAUAGCUUUACAGAAAGUAUCCACGCUGAGCCGCAGGACUGAAGGAUGCGAGUCUACACGCAGAGGUAAGUGCGUUCGCACAGCCGGGUUCUGCAGUCCUCGACCCGGAAGACUUGCAGCCGGGACGCCGCCUCCCACAAUUCCUGGCAUCAAAGAGGACCCAUUCUGGUCUCGCUUCUGCUGUGUCAAUGCCAUCAUCCUGGUGUGCAUCAACAUCUUCUUGUAUGCUUACUACGCGUAACAGUCACACAAAAGUCAUCACACACAUCUGGGUUUUGUCAAGACGUGGAUCAUUUUGCUCUUCUACAUGUCUCAUUCUUUGAAUGACAGUUGAUACAAAAAUCCAGAUGCAGUUCGGUGUGAAAGGACCUUAUUUAUCACUACCGGGUGAAUGUCUAAUAUUUAUAGUGCAUUAAAGUGUUUCUAAAGCUAGAUUUUCAUUUAAAGCUUUUGAUAUGAAUAUGUUAAAAGGCCAAAGUGUGUAGUACUGUAUUUGUGUCUUCUUUCAGCUUAAUACGCAGACAAAUGUUAGUAACUUAUUGGUUGGUUGAGUUCCCAGAAAAGGGUAAACUGUGACAGUGUCGCCGUCAAAACAGCUUCUUGGAGCUUCCUUACCGACCCGACAUAGCAACGUUAGCUCAAUAAAUCACAAGAUUUUGGGGCGGGACCGUCUGUUUGCUGACCAAUGGUGGACAGGGGAUUGUUCUGAAACCUUUUUUUGAAAAAUUAUUCUUUUUCAAUUCUAAUCAAAGAAAUGUCACACAUUAGCUUUAACAAGUGUAAACUUGUCAAGAUUGUGUUUACGCUUUUACAAGUGUAAAUGUGUUUGAUUUCUUAAAGAAUCUUAGAAUGGUUAUUUAACUAGUGGCCAGAUACUGUACAUUUAGAUCUUGGUGUCAGUAUAAAUGACUGUUAAAUACGUUCACAUUUACUUAACACAAAAAGAAAUUGUAACAUUAUCCGACACUCCCAAAGGGGUGGGUGUUCAACUGCAGUCUUGCUUCAUAGAAAUUAACAAAAGGUGAUUAAGAUGUAAUGUAAUAGUGUAAUGUACGGUACUGUAGAUUGAUGGCUUUUAUAAUUAUAUCAAUAAUAGCCUGAGAAUAUCUACUGGAUGAUUUUGUGAACAGCUUGUAAAUGAUUGCAAGGAUAUCAUAUUUUUCUUGAUUUAUUUGGUUUUGAAAGCGCAUGCCAGUAAUGGAUAUAAUAAAAGUCAAUGCAAUGUU